CUCAGACUCGAGAAUAUGAUAAGCUCGAAGCCGCUCCGGGAGGAGGCUGAAACUUUCAGUUCGAAAAGAGUAUGCUUCUGACAGCUUCUGCCGAAUUCAUUUGAGUUUUGCCAAGAUGGACACCGAAAAAGGCACCUACCCCGAACGACAAGUCGUCCCAAGCCAAGAUGGGCACGAUACCGACCACUCAAGCGACGACCAUGCCGCAGGUUCAGCUCCCAAAGCGGAGGAGCAGACUUACGAUGACCGGAAAGCUUGGGUCACGGUUGCUGCGUCGUCACUGACCAUGUUUGUCUACCUCGGAGUGAUCUACUCUUGGGGCAUCCUGCAAGUCAAGCUCGUCGAGACGACGGGUUCAAGUCUAACAACCUUGACAUUUGUCGGAUCAAUGGCGACAUCUUUCAUGAUCUGUUUCAGUAUUGUCUCCGACAAGAUCAUCAGCAGGAUAGGAUACCGGCUGGCUGCGUUGAUUGGUGGUCUCUUCAUGGGUUUGGGUGAAGUUCUCGCAAGCUUUACUACCCACCAUGUCGUCGCUUUGUUCUUUCUACAUGGUCUCGUCUUCGGCCUUGGUGGUGGCCUUUGUAUCUUUGUGAGUGCAACAAGACUCCUGCUGGGUCUGCAAAUGUCCUAUGUCCCACUGGCGCAAGCCAUGACAACUAAUAUCAUUUCUUACCAGUCUGUCUCGACUGCUCCGAUGGGUCUCUUCAAGAAGCAUAAAGCAUUGGCUAUGGGUUUUGUUUUCGGUGGUGGCAGCUUGGGUUCUGCCAUCAUGAGUGUUGUAGCCAACUACCUUGUCAAAGACCUGGGUGUCUCCUGGACGUUCCGCAUUCUUGGCUUCGUUUUGUGGGGUGUUUCUAUACCUGCAUCCUACUUCUUGCCAAGGAGGAUAACUUCGGGAAAGAAACCCUCCCGUCAGCUACAGUGGUAUCGCUUCAAGGAACCUCGCUUUCUCCUGCUCGUCGGCGGCACUGUACUUUCCUGCUUCCCGCUCUUCAUCCCGCCCUACUUCAUUCCGAUCUUCUCGAGAUCAAUGGGCUACACCAAGGAAAUUGGUAUCAUUAUUCUUGCCUGCUGGAACUUAGCUUCUACCUUGGGCCGCGUUGUCGCUGGAUGGGUGGCCGAUACCUUUUUGGGACCAGUCGAGAGUCUGGCAAUCUGUAUGCUAUUCAUGGCUCUGAGCUCUCUCAUCGUCUGGCCUCUUUCAUCAUCAAUCGGCAUCUUUUCCGUCUACCUCAUAUUCAACGGUAUCGGAUGUGGUGCGUUCUUCAGUCUCACGCCUAUCGCAGUUAGCGCCACAUUUGGCGGAGAGAACACCCUCAGCAUCAUCCCCGUCGUCUGGACGACUUGGUUCUGCGGUUUCUUUUUUGUAAGUCAUUCAAUGCCUUGAAUUACUUAAACUUUUGCUUACCAAGUUAGGGUACUCCGAUUGCUUCAGGGCU